AUUGCCACGAUAAGAUAAAGCGUCUUCGAACGGAUACUGGACGUGCCUCCGGGGCCCUGCGCUGCUAGUUAAUGCUCGGCCUUAGCCCAGCGUGCGUUAUGCGAUAAAACUGUGCGACGUACAACUAAACGCAAGUCUUCCAAUCGGCGAGCCACUCGCGUGCGUAACAGUGUGACCUUUGAUCGAAAUCUACGGCUCCAACAAUGUCGUCUAGUCUGGGCAAAAAGUUUGGUGAUUUAAUCGGUUCCAUCGACGAAGGCACCAGCUCCGCCCGAUUCAUACUGUUCCGCGCGGAAACGGCCGAAGUGGUUUGCUUCCAUCAGAAAGAGCUCCGACAGAUUUACCCGCAGGAAGGAUGGGUCGAGCAGGAACCGCAGGAAAUUCUUGGCGUGGUGCAGGAAUGUAUCGAGCGAACCCUCGAAAAGCUUCGUGAGCUGGGCGGUGACCCCGAAAACGACAUCGUCGCGGUCGGUGUUACGAACCAGCGUGAAACGACCAUCGUAUGGGACCGGACGACGGGCGAGCCUCUCUACAAUGCCAUCGUAUGGCUUGAUAUGCGCACCGCGUCCACCGUCGACCAGCUGCUCGACACGGUGCCCAACAAGACUAAGAAUAAAGAGUACCUGAAGCCAAUCUGCGGACUGCCACUGUCGCCAUACUUUUCGGCCGUGAAGCUACGCUGGCUGAUGGACAACGUGCCGAAGGUGAAAGCAGCCAUCCGGGAAGGGCAAUGCCUGUUCGGUACGGUCGACAGUUGGCUUAUAUGGAACUUGACCGGGGGACCCGACGGUGGUGUCCACGUGACGGACGUUUCGAACGCAUCUCGCACAAUGCUGAUGAGCCUCGAAUCGCUGCAGUACGACAAGACGUUGCUUAAAUUUUUUGACAUCCCGCUUGAGAUCCUGCCAGCCAUACGGUCCAGUUCGGAGGUUUACGGACCGAUCGCGUUCGCACCCCUACGCGACGUUCCGCUCGCCGGAUGUUUGGGUGAUCAGCAGUCGGCGCUUGUCGGACAAGAGUGUCUAACGCGUGGCAAGGCCAAAGCAACGUACGGUACCGGGUGCUUUCUCCUAUACAACACCGGUACGGCCCGGAUCGAUUCUUCACACGGACUGCUCACGACCGUAGCGUACCAGCUCGGGCCAGAAUCGUUUCCCGUGUACGCGCUCGAAGGAUCGGUUGCCGUUGCAGGUGCCGCCCUCGGAUGGCUGCGGGACAACAUGAACCUGCUGGCUAGUGUCAAUGAAUCGGAAGCCCUGGCCAGAACGGUCGCAAACAAUGGUGACGUUUACUUUGUGCCAGCAUUCAGCGGUCUGUACGCACCGUACUGGAAUCAAGAGGCCCGGGGUGUCAUUUGUGGCAUCACGGAGGACACGAAGCGCGGCCACAUCAUACGGGCCGCCCUCGAAGCAAUUUGUUUUCAGGUGCGCGACAUUCUCGACGUGAUGAACACUGAAUGCGGAACGCCGCUCCUGAAGCUGAAAGUGGACGGCGGCAUGACUGUCAACGAUUCAAUGAUGCAGUGGCAGGCGGACCUGAUCGGUCUCGACAUACUGCGGCCUACAUUCGUCGAAACGACUGCCCUGGGAGCGGCAAUGGUGGCCGGCCGUGCGGUGGGCAAGUGGGACAUCGACAACGUGAGCGUCGAGAGUAGCUGCAAGGUCUUUAAGCCACAAAUCAGCGAGGACGAACGGGACAUGCGCUACAGCAAGUGGAAGAUGGCCAUCGAGAGGUCGUUCGGCUGGGAAAGCAACACACUGUGAUCGAUGCACAGGCGGCGAAGUUAGUUUGAAGUGAUCGAUAAUUCCGUUCGUUCGUUUUUUUAAGCAGUAGCGGCAAAUAGACAGGUUGUGUUUUGUAGGUUUUAAGUGCAGCGGUGCUUUGGGGGUUUUACAUUGAACGAUUAAACGACUGGUGCU